AUGAAGGCCGCCCUGUUCAUGCUGCUGCUGGCCGCCCCGGCCCACGGAUCGCGCCUGCUCCGAAGCCGCCGGGGAGCGGGCUUGCCUUCCUCGCCGGGGCCCGCGCCGCGAGGGUCAGCGGCGCCGGGGGCCACACGAGGCCACCAGUCUCCGGACGAGGUGAAGCUGGACAUGGAAUACCGGCAAGAGGACAGCUUCGGGAAGACGGAGCUGGCGCCGUCCUGCUCCAAGAUCACGUGCGGCGAGUACUCGUGCCCGACCCCGUUCGAGCUGAAGGUGGACGGGACCUGCUGCGGCUACUGCUACGCGCCCGACCAUGAGAUCGGGUCCGAGCUGGAGCCCGUGCCCGCUACAGCGGCCGCCGCCUCCACCUUCUUCAUUGGUUCGGACGCCUCCGCCACCUCCAAGGAAGAGGAGGAUUCCGCCGCCUCCGCCAGCAUUUGCCCCGCCACGGGCAAGCUGGUGAACAAUCGCAUGGAGCUGACGGACGCCGAACGUAAGGAGAGGCGCAGGUUGAAGAGGCAGAAACGCAAGGCUCGUGAUCGGGAGCGUUGGCGACUUUCUGAAGUACUUAUGUUGGAGCGUGACUUGAUUGCGUCAGCGUCUGCUGGCGAAGGCUCGGCCGCCAUCAACAAUGACAUUAACCAGGAGAGCUCCGUGGGCAAGCUGACCGUCGGUGGCGAGGCGACAGAUGAACAUGGAGCGGGGCCUGGACUUGAGGCAGUACCUGAUGAGGAUGCUGGAGGCUCACACGACGAAGUUGCUCAGGAUGGUGAUGCUCGCGAAUGCGCUGGGUCUACCAGCGAUGGCGUGGGUGCUGGUUAUGAGGAUGUUCUUCGUGAAGUUUUCAGCGUUAUCGAGAAGUUGUCGGGCAGUUUCGGCCUUGACGAGUCGGUGAUGAAUAGUUGGGUCACGGCGAUGAUGGAUGGCAAUAUGACGAAGGACGAGCUGUUGUCAGAGGUCCUCGGCGUCUUGAAUGCCUCUGCGUCUCGCACCCCUCAUCGUGCGGCUUGA